UUUGGCACGAAACAAGAUCCGGAGAUCCGAAAACCGCCGCUUGCAAACCUCCCACGACGUUGGCGGGAGGGCCCACGGUACCCACACGGAGCCUGCGCAGCCGAGUCCGGACGCUGGGGGGCGCGGACCCAGAAGCCAGUCCGACGGCGGAGGCCGCCCCACCCCGCCCCGGCUCCUCCUCUUCCCCUCGCCGCCGUCCCGCCCUCGCCCGCAAACCCAAACACUCCGGGUGCUAGUGCGCGUGAUCUGCCUGUGGUCGUUUGGCCGAGAGAUGCUGCUGCUGGCGGCCGCCGGCCUCGUGGCCUUCGUGCUGCUCCUCUACAUGGUGUCGCCGCUCAUCAGCCCCAAGCCCCUCGCGCUGCCCGGUGCGCACGUAGUGGUCACAGGAGGUUCCAGUGGCAUCGGAAAGUGCAUUGCUAUCGAGUGCUUCAAACAAGGAGCAUUUAUAACUCUGGUUGCACGAAAUGAGGACAAGCUGCUGCAGGCGAAGAAAGAAAUUGAAAAGCACUCUAUUAAUGAUAAACAGGUGGUUCUUUGUAUCUCAGUCGAUGUGUCUCAAGACUAUAACCAAGUGGAGAAUGUCAUAAAACAGGCACAAGAGAAGCUGGGUCCUGUGGACAUGUUGGUUAACUGUGCAGGAACAUCUCUGUCAGGAAAGUUUGAAGAGCUUGAAGUUAGUAGUUUUGAGAAAUUGAUGAGCAUCAACUACCUGGGCAGCGUGUACCCCAGCAGAGCAGUGAUCACCACCAUGAAGGAGCGGCGGGUGGGCAGAAUCGUGUUCGUGUCCUCUCAGGCAGGACAGCUGGGGCUGUUCGGUUUCACAGCCUAUUCUUCGUCCAAGUUUGCCAUUAGAGGAUUGGCAGAAGCUCUGCAGAUGGAGGUGAAGCCUUACAAUGUGUAUGUCACUGUGGCCUACCCACCAGACACGGACACCCCAGGGCUGGCAGAAGAAAACAAAACGAAGCCCCUGGAGACCCGGCUCAUUUCAGAGACAACAGCUGUUUGCAAACCAGAGCAGGUGGCCAAACAAAUUGUCAAAGAUGCUGUGGGAAACUUUAAUAGUUCCAUUGGCUCCGAUGGGUAUAUGCUCUCUUCCCUGACCUGUGGAAUGGCCCCAGUGACUUCCAUCACUGAAGGACUCCAGCAGGUGGUCACCAUGGGCCUUUUCCGAACCAUUGCUUUAUUUUACCUUGGAAGUUUUGAUAACAUAGUUCGCCGCUGCAUGGUGCAGAAGGCAGAAUCCGAAACUGUAGACAAAACUGCCUAAUUCUUGCCCCUCGGACAAGAGACUGUAUCCAGUGAUUUGACAGCUUGCUGCUAAUGGAACUCGAUCUUUGGCCUCCGGACUCUUGUGUCUUGUUUUUGAAUGUGUGAGACUAGACCCAGUGCUCUUCAGACAUCUGACUGCAGGCAAAGGGACAGAGUUCGUCUCUACACUGUUACUGUUAACACUAUGCAAAUAUGGACCAGGGCACCACUUGGUUUCUGGGCUUUGAGGCCAAGUGGUGGUCACGUGGGCAGUAGUGUCAGGGGAACAGGGUAAAGGACAGAACCCCAGAACGGGAAAUCCAGUUUUUCAUUGAUCCUCCCCUCAUGCCCAUAGAGAUUAAGAAAUGUACUUGGUGGCACACAAGGACUUUUGAGGGUUUCUUUUGAUUUUUGGUUUUAUUUUUUCAUGAAAAAAUGGUGUCUGGGUUUUGAUUAGUUUUUUUUUGUUUGGUUUUUGGUUUUUGAUUUUUUCAGUGUAUGUUAUUCAAGGUGUGUCUUCCUCAAAGCAGUGAGCCUGACCAUCAGCUCCUCUGUGCCUGUUGGGAACUCCUGCUCGUGAAGCUGGCUUCUCUCUCUCUUUGAUCCCUACGCUAUGGGGGAUGAGAGAGCCGUGCAGAGGAAGGCAAGAGGCUGAGCCCUUCGCAUAGGCAGAUGGGGCUUUCUUGUCUUCCGAAGACUAAUACGUAGAACAUUUUCAUUUUUGUUCAUGGGGAAACACAGCCUUCUUACAUGUUUUCUGAAUAGAAAUAAAAUCUCCUAGAAGCUUGAAAGUUUACAGUUUCUUCAGUAGCCGUGUUGACGUGGAGUUCAUAGUUCCAUACAGCGAGUCUCCAAAGCAUGAUGUUCUUACCCUGUCAGCAGACAUGUAGCUUUUAGGGAAGGCAGCUGGUUGCAUAUUUUCAGUCUAGCUACUCGUAAAAGCUGACUGAUUUUGAAAACCCUCUUAGAAGUAAGAUGUGCAGCUGCUCUGCCUUGCACUGACUCGACAGUGUCCCCAGUGUGUAAGGAGACCUUUGCUGCUCUAGGUGCAGCCUGUGUCCCUGCUCACUCUGUUCACGGUGCAGCUCCAGGCCUGUUGUCUUUGCCUUCAUGUCUUGUCCUGUUCUCCUGUGUAUGAAGUUGAGCAUUCCAGUUCAUUCCACUGGGAAAAUACCUCUACUUUCAAAGAAAAAAAAAAAACUUUUUAAGUGUUAAAAAAAGACAAACACAACAAAAAUCUAUUGAAAACCUAGAAAUUAUUGCCAUGGCAAACAUUUGGUUUUUGCUUUUCUCUCUUUUCCUUCUCCCUCUCUCUUUUCUUAAACUGGCUUUUGUUUUUGGCCUGGUCUCCUGCCACAGCCCCCGAGUGCCGGCAGUACAGCCCUGCACCACUAUAGCCAAUGGGCCACACAUUUUAUUUUCUCUUUGAAUUUUUCAAGCUCUUUACUUUACGGUGGCUUAUUUUUUAAUUAAUUUAUUUAUUAAUUUUUAAUUUAAUUUUUUAAUUAAGAUAUCUAGUGGCUCCAUCUUUAUCGAGACCUAGAAGAAUGUAUUUUAAAUGCCAUUACAGAGAUGGCUUUGUUAUGUGCAUUGCGUACUGUGACUUUGUUCUGUGUGUAGCAGUAGGUGGACCGUGUCAGAGUGGUUCCAAGGCUCCUCCAAGUCUGAUCUAGCCAAAGUUUGCGACUUAUGUCCCGUUGGACAGCUGGUGGAGUGGACGGUGGCGACAGGUUCCUCAUUCACAGGAACUGCAUCCCUGUCUGCACAGCUUCCAAUUUUAUUUUCUUAUAAAUGUUCCCAGAUGGUUGGCACCUCCUACUAGUAUCUCUUAAAAUGUAGUCCAAGGUGGAGUCUGAGAAAGGACAAUUAACUUUUUCAUUAUACCAUUUCCAGACAGUCUUUGGGUAGAGGCUGGCUCUGUGGAUAAUGCCUGAAAUACAGGGAAGAGCCUUGUUUCAUGGGAGGAGAUGCCACCCUACCCCAGCUUAAACUCGGGUCUGCAGCCCAUGAUGCCACGGCAUGAGCCUUAUUGUCCACUGUUAGAGGCCCCAACACCCUCACUCAGAAAGCCUCAGAAAAAUCUUCUAAAGUUGAUACCGUAAUUCAUUUGUCAUCAAGACUUGAACCUGUUUUGAGAAUAUUGUACUUGUUAACCUUACCAGACUCCACGCAAAUGUCCUGUGCAUCAGUAUGUGUCCCCGGUACCUUUGAGAAGUCCGGCCGGCAUGAACUCUGACACACAGGCGUCCCACAAGACUGUGAUUUUAUCCCAGGUGUGGAAACAGUAAUGGCUUGGUGGGGGACAGCUCGGUUGUUAGGGAGAUUAUCAACUUUCUCUUCUUCCUGACAGUUGACCGCAGGGCAUUCUUUACCACUGAGUUCCUAAGCCCAGCUGUAAGUUCUGCUGUAGUGUUUCCUCUGAGUGACCGGGAGCUUGUGGGCUUUCAGUUUUGAAUGCCUGCUCUGCUAGCUUGGGUUGUAUUAUUUUAUUAGAAUACAUCCUAUCUUUAUUUGAAAAUUAACAUCACUCUCCUAUGUAAACUCCAACAUAAAUUUAGGGACCAUUCAUAAUUGAGAAUGAAUAGGAAAUAUUCUUCAUUUAACUUGUUUUUUAAAAAGGGUGCCAGACUAGGAAGUGACUCAGUGGGAGAACCCUUGCCUGCCCGUGUGAAGGCCUGGGACUCACUUCAGGUCACUCCAGAAACAUCUUUUUCUUAAGGUUAUUCUCUCCUAUGGCUUUACGAUUUAACAAUUUACACAGUUGAUUAUUUAGAAUGUUGUGCUCUCUUUUAAUUAAUACUUACAUAUAAUUUAGUGGUAUAUAUUUAUCUGGACCUGUUAAAUCAUAUUGAUUCCUGAAAGCAGGAUUUGUAGUUGGUGUUUGACAGUUAGCAGGUGAGAGCAUUUCUGCCACAGCUGCUUUAACGCAGACAGCUGCACGCAUUUGCCUCAGUGAAUUAGAUCACCAUAUUUAAGUUUUUAUAUUGUGUUCUGAUUGAAACAUGUCUUACUGCAGGCAGAGUUAAUAUUCACUCUUUUUGCUUGAGGAUGCAUUGUGUCUUUCUCGUUUUCCUUAGUCCUCGGGACCCCAGCUUUCAAAGCCCCCGCUGACCACCACCCUCAGGUUCUGGACUGGGCCUCGCUGCUCUGACCGUGGUCAUUAUAUUUUAUACUUGUUUGUGGUGAGAACUCGACAUUUUUACACUGACAAAGAACACAUGGCUGUUUUGAUAUUUAGAAAGGGCUGUAUUUAGGAGCUUUUGUGGCAUUACUGUAACAGUUUUCAUACCUUGUAUUUCUGAACUACACACACAAAAUAAAUGGGAACAAGCUUUACUGCUCUGAGAAUUUAUUUUUCUAGAAAUUUGACUUGUUCAAGAUACUACUAUUCAAAAUAUAAGUCUUUUAUAGUGAUGUUUCUCCUGGGCUUCCUAAGCUUUUCAUAAGGCCUGAUUUUUACUACUUUUAGGAAAUACUGUAACAAUAUACACUUCGGAGUCCAGACAUUUGUUUCAAUUAUGCUCAGUCUAUGGGAGUAAAAUCUUAAGAAACAAAGAAUUUAAAACUUUUUGAGCAGUUACAUUUCAUAUGCAAAUAGAGUUCCUGGCCUUUGUGCCUGCAUAUUCUGUGACCUGUCUGGGCUUGGCGUUAGCAAGCUGUGAGUAACUCGCAGAUGUAGGUAGAAACAUUUACCCACACUGAGCGGACAUCUUUGGACACCAUUGGAAUUGUAUGUUACCCUUUGCUUCUUUUUCUCACUCUUGGAGGGAAAAAAAAGUGCAACAGUCGCACAUAUAUAUAUAUACAUAUACAUUUGCGUAUAUAUACAUACACAUACAUACAUAUAUAUGCGUAUAUAUAUACACACACACAUACAUAUAUAUAAUGUUUCUUGUAAGACUCAUAGAUAACAUUUCUUAUGUUGACAAUAUCUCAUUUCCUGUUUGCUGAGUGUUCUUUCAUUUUAUUAAUCAUUCUC